UCGUUCAGAGCGCCGACUUACAGGGCGGGUUUAUUUUUAAGCAGGCGGGGAGCUCAGUGAGAACCUAAUGAAAGACACAGCAGUCCUGCAGAGUUGUUGGUCAUAAAGACCCUUUUGGUUAACAAGGCAUCGCUUCACUGUCUCUCCCCGUUGAUGGCUGCGAAAUGCUCGAUCCGUCCGGGGUUUUCUCUGAGCUGCUGUAACCGUAGAUCACCCUAUCUGCGCUGGACGGCGUCCAGGCGGCGAGCCUCCUUACCCUAACCCUAACCCUGCCCUGCCCCGACGCCAGGCCUCCUCGGCGCGAGGAUCUUCGUUUGAGAGGAACGCCUCUUUGGGUGGCUGUGACAGGGGGGAAUUAGGCGAGAGAUGCGGGCCCACUUGCCCUGCGUAGGGGCUUAUCUUGGGCUAAGCUGAAGGGACUAAUAGCAAAGCCUGCCUUCGCUCCAGCCGGUCUGAGGGCACAGGGAGCCAUCUGUCCACUCUGUGGAUCACUGGAAAAAACAAAGGGAGCAAACACUGAGCACAGACCUCCAACUAAAAAAGGCCAGUCAUUUCAGAGAUACCACGACCAAAAGAAGAGGAGCAAGGCAGAGGGAAACUUGAAGAGCAUCUAUCCUAAAGAUCUGAAACCAGGGAGGAUGUCCGACAAGGAAGAAACGGCCCUGGACGGCGGUCUGAACGUCACGCUGACGCUGAGGCUGCUGAUGCACGGGAAGGAAGUGGGGAGCAUAAUUGGAAAGAAAGGAGAAACGGUAAAGAAGAUGAGGGAGGAGAGCGGCGCCCGCAUCAACAUAUCUGAGGGAUCGUCUCCUGAGAGGAUAGUGACGAUCACAGGACCCACGGAGGGAAUCUUCAGAGCUUUCUCCAUGAUUGCACAGAAGUUUGAGGAGGACAUCACCGCCGCCAUGACAAACAGCAACGUGACAAGCAAGCCACCUGUGACACUUCGUCUGGUUUUCCCAGGGAGCCAGUGCGGCUCGCUCAUCGGCAAAGGAGGCUCCAAGAUCAAGGAGAUCAGAGAGACCACAGGCGCCCAGGUUCAGGUGGCAGGAGACAUGCUGCCGGACUCCACGGAGAGGGCCGUCACCAUCUCCGGCACUCCGCAGGCCAUCACUCAGUGCGUGAGGCACAUCUGCUCCGUCAUGCUGGAGUCUCCACCGAAAGGAGCCACCAUCCCUUACCGGCCCAAGGUCCUCCCCGUCGGAGCUCACGCCGUGCUGGCCCCACAGCACUCUGCACAAGCGUUUGCCAUCCCGGGACAGUACGCGUUCGCACACCAAGAUUUGACCAAGCUUCACCAGUUGGCUAUGCAGCAUAUCCCCCUCCCUUCCCUUGGGCAGAGCAACCCUACCUUUCCUGGAUUGGAUGCUUCUGCACCCACGAGCACACAGGAGCUGGCGAUACCUAAUGAUUUUAUUGGCUGCAUAAUUGGACGACAAGGCAGCAAGAUCAAUGAGAUUCGGCAGGUCUCUGGAGCUCACAUCAAAAUUGCCAGCGCCACUGAUGGCUCAGCCAUGCGCCAAGUCACGAUCAGCGGCUCGCCGGCCAGCAUCGGCGUGGCCCAGUACCUCAUCAACGCCAGCUUAGAGAUGGCUAAAUACACCAUGCAGGUUGCAUCCUCCGCGUCCCCCGUUGACCUCAACAUGAGCUUCUCUCAGACUGUCCCCACCGUCUCAUCUGCUGCAAACUCCAUGGCCGUCCUGGCGUCCACCAACCCAGCCUCCUCUACCAUUAACGUCCACUCCCCCUCCGCCUUACAGGGAAUCCAGGGCCAGCACUACGCCCUCCCUGUUUCCAGCCUGUUUGGCAUGAAAACCCUCCCUGUCCUGACCGUCCACCCAGGAGCAGCGUCCGGCCUGUCUCAGGGGUUAGCCACCUACACUGCUAAAAUGGCGAGCUCUGGAGGAAAAAAAUCUGAGCGGCAGAAGUUUUCUCCUUAUUGACGCUGCCUCGCCAAGUCUACGGGGCCAGUCAGAAAUUUACAUACACUUUUUUUAGGGUCAAGUUAUACUUACAGCGUCUAAUAGACAAAGAAAUCACAAGUGAUGUUUGCUUAAAUGUCUGGAUAUUUGGGAAGUCAUUUUAUCAGAAAGGGUAAAGUUUGUUCAAUUUAGCUGGUUUUCUGCCACCUAUCUGGCUUUUAAAGUUGUCCACAAAUUUUCAAAGGGUUUGAGGUCAGGGCUGUUUCAGAGGCUUGCAUGUUGGCUUAAAGUUAGCUUAAUGUUAGCUUCAAAUUAGCUUCAUGUUAGCUUCAUAUUAGCUUAAUGUUAGCUUAACAUUAGCUGAAUGUUAGCUUCUUCUUAGCUUUACAUUAGCUUAAUGUUAGCUUCACAUUAGCUAAAUGUUAGCUUCAUGUUACUUCAUGUUAGCUUCACAUUAGCUUCAUGUUAGCUUAACGUUAGCUUCACGUUAGCUUCAUGUUAGCUUAAUGCUAGCAUGUUUAUCCAUUCAAACGUAUGUAUGACUGGGAUCAAUGCCCUUUUGAAACACCCGGUUCAGGUUGCAUCUGUCUUGUCCAGUUGAUAAGUGGUCCUCUUCCUUCACUGUGCAAUGCACCAGUUUAACUGGCACCAUAAACAGCCCCAAAGCAAGAUGCUGCUUUAUUUGCGGGCAACAGUGGCACAGGAGCUAAGGAGUUAGAUCCCAUGCCCUGGCUGUCUAAGUCGUUGUAUCUCUAGGCAAAGGCACUUCACCAGCAUUGCCUGCUGCUGGUGGUCAGAGGGCCCGGUGGCACUGACGUAUGAUAGCCUCGCUUCUGUCGGUCUGCCCCAGGGCAGCUGUGGCUACAAUGUAGCUCACCACUGUCAGUGUGUGAAUGACUGCAUGUUGGGGUUCUCAGGACUUGAUAAAGCGCUAUACAAGUACAGAUCAUUUAUACUUGACAAUUAAUCCUCUUUUUUAAUUUAAAAUCCUUAAGUCCACCAAAACAUGUAGCUGACAUAAUUGUGGUCAAACAGCCCAAUCUUUAGCUCUUCUGCUACUAAAACUUUCCACCAGAUUAGGUUGUGCAUGGUAGAAAUUUCAGAUUUGCUUGAAAGUGUAAAUCUUUCAGUCCAUGUUGUUGACAGUGACACCAGUGGAUUGUCGCUUGCUUAUGAUUGGCUGGCUUUGGGGUUGUUAUUAAGACUCCUGACCACAUGGAUCUCAAGCUGUUGUAGAACUACCACAGUUGGUACUUGGCCUUCCCUCAGGGCAAAUACUGGAGGCAAAUUAGCCUCACUUUAGAGCUCAUCAGUCCAGUCAGUCAAGAUGAUAAGUAUUUAAAGAAUAAUCCCUUUUAUGUCAAACAGAUACUCUAAGUGCACUAGACAAGGAUUGUAAUAAACCUCUUCUGAAGUCAGGAUCUAUUAAUAACUACAAACCCAACUUAGCCUGUCCUAAUUGUGGGAAAACACAAUAACCAUGGUAACUACUAUUAGCGACACAAGUAAACAGAAUCAUGUCUCUGGAGUUUCAGAAAACACAAAAACUCAUGUUUGUGAGUAGAGAUUGUGCAGUACUGUGUGUGUAGGAGAUUUAUUAGGUUAGAGAGUGCCACAAGUGUGAAUGACCUGUCAUCUGCUGCAGCUACAGAUAAGUUUUAAUCAAAUAGCUGCCAUACGUGGAUUUAAAGACACGGUUGGUGAGAACUUCAUCUUCUCUAUUUGGAAAAGCAUAUUCAAAUAGACAUCCUGUUUAUUUGUCCAACUUAGAGCUUUAUGAUGCAAACUGUCAUGUCUAAUGAAAGGCUAGUUGUUCUCAACCUUUUUUUUUAUUUUUUUAAACAAGGACCUCACUAAGACUAAGCUUACAAAGAACCAUCAUACCAAACACCCAUCCAAACUGGUUUUUAAUGUGCGAUACAAGCCAACCUCGAGCUUCUGAAAAGUUCUUCCUCAAACCUCAAUCCUGCUGAGAUCAAUAACUCGAAUCCAAGAAAUUCAAAGGAACUCUGCCAAUUCCUGCAAAACCUGGACAUUGACGUUAAACCAAAUAUUAGUCGGAGUGUUUAUGUACAUUUCAGCUUGUAUGUAUAAUUUUGACUGAUCGAUAAAUUCAAACCUAUAUUCCCAGUUUCCUGUUCUUAAAAUGUAUCAAGAUUAUUUAUUGUGUCAUCAUUGCACCCUGCAA